ACAAGGCUUCUUUUCCUUUUUGAUCCAUUCAAAAAUUACUCAUUGCAAAUUCCCGGACCGCUAGGCGAGAAGAGGGAAGGGGGCGGAGGAAACAGGGCUACUGCAGGCGCAGCGCUGGGGGCAGCCGGGGGCCCGAGUGGCUGAGGCUGGUCCCGCAGCGGCUGCUCGCCGGCGUUCUGGCUCCUGUGGCCUCACCAGGAAGCGUCAGAGUCUCGACUCUGGGGAAGCUCGGAGCGCCGCCCCCGCCGCCGCCGCCUCCCGCCUGGCUCUGGGUCCCCGAGCCCCCUCCCCUGGCCCAGGCCGACUGCCUCCUCCUCCCCGGACGAUCCGGCUUGGGCGCCGUCCCUGGUGAUGGCUGGCCGCUGAGCCAUGGCUCAGUACGGCCACCCCAGUCCGCUCGGCAUGGCUGCGAGAGAAGAGCUGUACGGCAAAGUCACCCCCCGGAGGAACCGCCAGCAGCGCCCCGGCACCAUCAAGCAUGGAUCCGCGCUGGACGUGCUCCUCUCCAUGGGGUUCCCCAGAGCCCGCGCACAAAAAGCCUUGGCAUCCACGGGAGGAAGAAGUGUUCAGGCAGCAUGUGACUGGUUAUUCUCCCACGUCGGUGACCCCUUCCUGGAUGACCCUCUGCCCCGGGAGUACGUUCUCUACCUCCGUCCCACCGGCCCCUUAGCACAGAAGCUUUCGGACUUCUGGCAGCAGUCGAAACAGAUCUGCGGGAAGAACAAGGCACACAACAUCUUCCCCCACAUCACACUCUGCCAGUUCUUUAUGUGCGAGGACAGCAAGGUGGAUGCCCUGGGGGAAGCCCUGCAGACCACUGUCAGUCGCUGGAAAUGUAAGUUCUCGGCCCCGCUGCCCCUGGAGCUCUAUACGUCCUCCAACUUCAUCGGCCUCUUUGUAAAGGAAGAUAGUGCAGAGGUCCUCAAGAAGUUUGCUGCUGACUUUGCUGCGGAGGCUGCAUCCAAAACCGAAGUGCAUGUGGAACCUCAUAAGAAGCAGCUACAUGUGACCUUGGCUUACCACUUCCAGGCCAGCCACCUACCCACCCUAGAGAAACUGGCCCAGAACAUUGACGUCAAGCUAGGGUGUGACUGGGUGGCUACCAUAUUUUCUCGGGAUAUCCGAUUUGCUAAUCAUGAGACAUUACAGGUGAUCUACCCCUACACCCCACAAAAUGACGACGAGCUGGAGCUGGUCCCCGGGGACUUCAUCUUCAUGUCUCCAAUGGAGCAGACCAGCACCAGUGAGGGUUGGAUCUAUGGUACGUCCUUAACCACCGGCUGCUCCGGACUCCUGCCUGAGAAUUACAUUACCAAGGCUGAUGAAUGCAGCACCUGGAUAUUUCAUGGUUCUUACUCAAUCUUAAACACAACGUCUUCCAACUCUCUCACAUUUGGGGAUGGAGUAUUGGAGAGGCGGCCGUAUGAGGACCAGGGGCUUGGAGAGACGACUCCUCUUACUAUCAUUUGCCAGCCCAUGCAGCCUCUAAGGGUCAACAGCCAGCCCGGGCCCCAAAAGCGAUGCCUCUUUGUGUGUCGGCAUGGUGAGAGGAUGGACGUUGUGUUUGGGAAGUACUGGCUGUCCCAGUGUUUUGAUGCCAAAGGCCGCUACAUACGCACCAACCUGAACAUGCCUCAUAGUUUACCUCAGCGGAGUGGUGGUUUCCGAGAUUACGAGAAAGAUGCUCCCAUCACUGUAUUUGGAUGCAUGCAAGCGAGACUAGUGGGUGAAGCCUUAUUAGAGAGCAAUACCAUUAUUGACCACGUCUAUUGCUCCCCUUCCCUUCGCUGCGUUCAGACUGCACACAAUAUCCUGAAAGGUUUACAACAAGAAAAUCACUUGAAGAUCCGUGUAGAGCCCGGCUUAUUUGAGUGGACAAAAUGGGUUGCUGGGAACACAUUACCUGCAUGGAUACCUCCAUCAGAGUUAGCUGCAGCCAGCCUGAGUGUUGAUACAACCUACAGACCUCACAUUCCAGUCAGCAAAUUAGUUGUUUCAGAAUCCUAUGAUACUUAUAUCAGUAGAAGUUUCCAAGUAACAAAAGAAAUAAUAAGUGAAUGUAAAAGUAAAGGAAAUAACAUCCUGAUUGUGGCCCACGCAUCUUCCCUUGAAGCGUGUACCUGCCAACUUCAGGGCCUGUCACCUCAGAACUCCAAGGACUUUGUACAAAUGGUCCGAAAGAUCCCAUAUCUGGGAUUUUGUUCCUGUGAAGAAUUAGGAGAAACUGGAAUAUGGCAGCUGACAGAUCCACCAAUCCUUCCUCUUACCCAUGGACCAACCGGGGGCUUCAACUGGAGAGAGACCUUGCUUCAAGAAUAAAUCACAGGAGUGAA